CUAUAACCUAGACACUACAACUCAGAAAACGGAGAGUGCAGCUAAGAAGAAAAGUUGCAAACAACAAGAUCGAUCAUGUUUCUGCCUCACGAAUUGAUUAUCCAAAUCUUACUGAGGUUGCCGGUAAAGUCUCUUAUACGUUUCAAGUCUGUUUGUAAGUUGUGGUUUUCUCUUAUUUCUCAUGAUCCUCACUUUGCUAAUUCACAUUUUCAUCUUAACUCUGCAACACACACUCGUAGAAUUCUAUUAAUAUCAUAUAGAAUUCUUCAAUCUCGAUCCAUCGAUUUUGAAGCAUCGUUUCACGAUGACAAUGCUUCUUUUUCACACAACCUUGAUUCUAUCUUUCCAAAGGAUUUUAGAGGUUUUGAAAUUAGAGGAUCAUGUAGAGGUUUCAUACUUUUCUGCAGUUCCUUAAACAUCUACCUUUGGAAUCCAUCCACUGGACUUCAUAAACAAUUUCCUUUAUCUCCUUUUGGUUCCAUUUUACAUACUGAAUAUUUCUAUGGUUUUGGGUAUGACGAUUCAACCGAUGAUUAUUUGGUUGUUUCAAUGUCUCGCAUUAAUUCAAGAGAUCCUCCGUUACGCUUGGAGUACUUCUCAUUGAAAUCUAAUACAUGGAAACAAGUUGAGGGUCCUUACCUCCCUUAUGGAUUCCAGGAGUAUGAGCCCAAAGGUGGUUUGCUCUAUAAGGGAGCUAUUCAUUGGGUGGCUUUUCGCUAUGAUUUACAAAGUGAUGGUAUUGUUGCAUUUGAUUUAUACGAAAGGAAACUUUCGUAUAUGCCUUUGCCGAGUGAUUGUUAUGGUAGUCCUUCGGAUAGAGGUUUGUGGAUAUAUGGAGAAUUUCUCAGUGUAUAUACUUGGAAUUAUAGUAAUGAUACGGUUGAAAUAUGGGUGAUGAAAGAAUACAAAGUUAACUCCUCUUGGACUAUGACUCUUGUUCUUCCUAUUGAUCCCUUUUUUCCUUUGUGUUGUGCAAAAAAUGGUGAUAUUAUUGGAACAGAUGGUGAAGAUGAAUUGGUGAAGUGUGAUAAAAGUGGACAGUGUCUGGAGCAACAUUCUUAUCCUAAUUACGAUCUUACAUGUGAAUUGACUAUGCAUAUAGAUUCUCUGCUUUCACUCCCCGGUGGUGAUGGUGACAACCAACAAGCUUAGGAUGCUUCACUAUUUUCUUGAUAUUUAUAUUGAACUAUAGCAUAGCUCCUACUGUAACAAUGCAGGUUUCCCCAAGUGGCUUUGUAUGUAGAGUCUUCGCAUUCAUGGUGAAUUGAGAAAGCUUAAGAAGAUGACGGACGCAAACUAGAAGAAUGAAGAAGAAUGAUGUUUUGAAUCAUAUGUUUGGAUGCAAUUGUAGGGUACUAUGUCUUUGAUUGCAUUUGUAACGAGUAAGUGUGCCACAUGAGCUAAUGUUUAUUGGUUGUUUGUA